GUGUCUCUAGUAUACAUAAAUAUUAUAACAGCAUUUAUAGUAUCUCUCGCAGGACUACUAAUAUAUCGAUCUCACCUCAUAUCUUCUCUUCUAUGCUUAGAAGGCAUAAUACUAUCCCUAUUCGUGAUAGCCACCCUAACAAUCUUAAACACGCACUUCACUUUAGCAAGUAUAAUACCCAUUAUUCUACUAGUCUUUGCAGCCUGCGAAGCAGCACUAGGRCUAUCACUACUAGUAAUAGUAUCAAAYACAUACGGCACCGAUUAUGUUCAGAACUUAAAUUUACUUCAAUGCUAA